GGCUUGGGAAUGGUCUGGAAUCUGUUCUACUGUAGUUUUCCCAUCAAAUGGUCGAUUAGCGUGGUGGUACCGAUGGUUAAGACCCAGUGGGAAGCGGGACAUGUGAUGAAAAUCCGUAGAUGACGUCUCUCUGUGGGGGGAACGCUAAAACUCUGCGCGGAAGAUGUAACGGGGCAUAAGAAAGGCAGGGACGAUAAUCAUAUAAUUGCUGCCGACGUUUAGGUGGCUGUUGUUUUCGUCCGUCUCUGCCUAGUUGCUGUGUUCUUGGAACUCUGUCAAAGACCGGCGGUGUUUCGUACAAGUUGGCAAACAACGAAACGGAAUCGAAAGAGUUCUACAAAACCGUCACAGCAUACGCACGCUGCAGUCGUGGCUUGUGAAGAAAAAUGAUUUUUGUUAAUUUUUAUGUUUUGUUUCUGGGAUUAUUCAAAUUCAAAGUGUAUUGUGAUGAUACGUCUUCCAAAGAAGAUGAGUCCAUUAUACUACAUCAUCUCUUUAAACGGAACAUUGCAGAAGACAUUGGCCCUAUUCCCCAGACACAGCCCGAUUUAUCAGGUAAUGUUAAUCCAAGUUCUACUCGGAGAACAUAUAGCAACAGUCCAUAUAAUCCAGCGAGCGGAAACCAACAACAAUAUCCAUUUGGAACGAACGUGUACAAUCCUUCAGGAUCUAGACAGUAUCCGUCACAAGAAUCCAACUCUGGGUCAUACCACCAAACUACAAACGUGAGACAUCCUACCGGACGAAGGUAUCCGAAUUCUGUGAGUUAUCCUGUGGGGCCUAUACUUUCCACGAACAGCGGACAAGUUCCUUAUCAUCCAAGAUAUCAGCAGCCGACGAGCACAAGAGGACAGCCGACAGGAACCAGAGGGCAGCCGACAGGAACCAGAAGGCAGCCGACAUUGGGUGGUGGUCAGCAGACGGUAUACAAUAACAGACAAAAUCCUGGGGCAGUUCAGCCGACAUACACUCAGCAAGGCGGCACCUACCCUUACAAUCCAUCCGCUCCCUUUGGUUGUCAGGAGACUGGUAUUAGACUCCGAAUCAACGGGAUGGACUGUCCUAGAGCUAUAGACCACUAUGGUUCCUUCCUCUGCUACAGACACGAGUUCACUUCACGUGACUGUUGUGAGAAGUGCAGACAACUAAAGAACCCAGGAAAGAUUGGGUGUGAGUAUGGUGACCAUUCCUACCAGUGUCGCCAGAUUCAGCCGUUCGACUGUUAUGAUCUUCGUAACCGACAGAGUUGCUGUGAAACAUGCGAACAGCACAGGACAGGGGAGCUGAACUGCGAGUACGGGGAUAUGACACCUCGCUGUCAGAGAGUCGCACAGAACCCAAGCAUGUGUUACAGUCCAGAGAAUCAAAGACUCUGUUGUAGCACUUGCAGGAGAGUCAGCAGGAACGAUAACCCUGAGUGCCCCUGGGGAGACCAAAACAGCGAAUUGUGUCGUCCUUUUGAUCAGUUCGGAGGUGUGCGCAUCAACUGCUACAGCGAAACCAUCAGACGACUCUGCUGUCAAACGUGUCAACGACUACAACAACGUAUGCCAAACGAUAUGCCAGAUAGCUGUCGCUAUGGAGAUCGUCCUGUCAUCUUCAACACCAAUCAGUUUGGAAGUCUGAAUUGCACGUCUUUCUUCCGCCAUUUCCCUGUAGAGCAGUGCAGGCUGAACCAGGCAGUGCUAAUGAACUGCUGCUUCACCUGUUACCGAUACACGAGACCUGCAGGAUAAUAGUGGGCCUAACUUGAAUACCAAGUCUUGUUUAACUUUUAAAACAGACAAAGAUAGUCCGAGAUUACUCUCUUGUCUAUUGUGAAUGUUGAAAACAUUUAAAUUAAUACCAUGGAUACACUGUUACCUUUACUCAACAAAAACAAAUGGAGAAUAUGAAAGGUGGUAAGGCCACUUUAAGAUCAACGUCCUGGUAGGAAUAUUUGGAACAAUAGACCAGUCUAAAUUCAGCUUUGAACAAUAGUUACUUAUGUAAGCUGCAAAUCAUUGAAUAUUAGGAUGUUCCAAAAGCUGCAUCAUCAGGUCUACAUGUAUGUCAGGAAUGGAUGCAGGAUUGAAAAAGGAAGACACCUACAGUAUUCCAAAGUAAUAUGCAUUGUAAAUUAGUACCGGCAAUCCUCCCCAUCCAGUUGAUCAUUUAUUUUUGAUACUCAGAAAUUAAACUUCUCUCUUGUACUAACAGCAAGACUGCUGUGGAAAAUGCUAUUAUAACUAUUUUUUCACAAAAUAUUUUUUGUCAUGGUAAUUUUUGUGUGAAUGCAGUGAUGGCAUCUAUAUACAUAUCUUCUUCUUUGUUGUUAAAAACCAUCCAUUUCAAAGGCAAAGUCAACCUCAUGCAGCCUUUGUAAUUCCUUUGUCCAUUUUUAAAACUUGAUCAGAAUUUGGGAAUUGAUGGCACAAACAGUAAUAUCUUCUAUCUUGAAUACCUUGUGAAAUUGGUAUAUAAAAUUGUAUAUUCAACUGAAUAAAUGGUAGUAUAAAGUUUUGCUGACACAUGCAUACAAUUUGUUUUCACUAGAAGUGUCAGAUUUGUUGUUUUUGUUUAUGCUUUAUAGGGAGCAAAUUUACAGGAACCUUUGGUUAAAAUGACAUUUACAUGCUAAAUCACAAUGGAAUAGAAAAAUGGUAUUGAUUUUAUGAAAUGUUAUGUCACAUCAAGAAUCUGAAUAUGAGAAGACAAGCUGGUUAUUGCUACAAUGUGAACACUGUUUAAGAUUCUUAUUUGCAGACAGUGUAGGUUUAAUACUGAAUUUCCUUGGAAUACAGAAUGUUCUGCAAUUUGUCGUUGGACAGGAUCUGAAAAUCAAAAUACCUACGCUGGUUGAUGCUGCAGUGUGAACAACAUAACCUACUUUUUCCAAUAAAAUAUUAAACUGAUGAUCGUUUCAAAUAUUUAACCUAUAGGAUUGUUCAAUAAUGUGGGGUGAUUUGGACUUCAUGUAAGUCUCAGGAGAGUGAUGGGGAGCAAGAGUAACAGCUCCCCUUAAAUGGCGAGGUCUGUAACAAAAAGCUCUGAAUCGGCUCCUUUCCCAUUCUUUCAUCAAUAAAAAGCUCUGAAUCCGUU